GAAACCACAGUGUUGUUUACCGGUGACGUCCUCACAUGCUCAGUUAACCAUCUGCCCACGCCAGGAGGAUGCAGAGAAAUGUUUCCGCCUGUUUGUCAUCAUCGCUUUCUUUCUUUCUUGACUGGUGGAUGUAGACGAAGAAGAAGAAGAAGCGUCGUGUUGUUCUUCAAGUUUUGACCCGUCGCUUCCGUCUUUUGACACAUUCAAGGUGUGAUCUUUUUGUCUCUCUCAUCGAGAAGCGCCUGGUGAUCAUUCUGUGGCCACACGCAGUAAUGCGAGCAGAGGGGCUGCUGGAGGCUGGCGGAGACCGGGACUGAGCUGGCUGGAGAUCUCGCAAGACAACCGUGCGCGUCUUUCUUGGACACAUCUCGGGAGAUAACUGUGCUUUGGCUUUCUCCGCCUGCGCUCUUUUCUUGACAUUGCGAUGUCCACAAGAAAGACAUCGUUGACGGACAAGCAGGCUAAAAACGGAACGUCAAAAUAUGUGUUGGAGAGAUGCGCUUCUAUUAACGAGUAUUAUGAUAUUGCCUUCAAGGUGAUGCUGCUGGGAGACUCGUCCGUGGGGAAGACGUGCGCCUUGGUGCGCUUUAAAGACGGGGCAUUUCUGGGAGGCAACUUUAUAGCCACCGUCGGAAUAGACUUUAGGAAUAAAGUGGUGGAUGUCGACAACUUCAAAGUCAAACUGCAGAUCUGGGAUACAGCUGGCCAAGAGAGAUUCCGAAGCGUAACGCACGCCUACUACAGAGAUGCCCAGGCGUUACUUCUGCUUUACGAUAUCACCAGCAAGCUGUCGUUUGACAAUAUCAGGGCUUGGCUGACUGAAAUACAUGAGUAUGCCCAGAAGGACGUGGUCAUCAUGUUGCUCGGCAACAAGUCAGACAUGGCUGCAGAGAGGGUGGUGAAGACAGAGGAAGGAGAGAAGCUGGCAAAGGAAUAUGGCGUACCUUUUAUGGAGACCAGUGCAAAGACAGGAGUCAACGUGGAGCUCGCCUUUCUUGCUAUUGCAAAGGAGCUGAAGCACAGAGCGACACAGCAGCAGAAUGAGCCCAAGUUCCAGAUACACGACUACAUCGAGUCUCAGAAGCACAAGUCUGGCUGCUGCGGUCUCAUGUAGCUGACGCUGAUUACCAGACAGAGAGAGACACACACACAGAGAAAGAGAGGGAGGGAGAGAGGGAGGGAGGGAGUGGGAAGGAGGUAAAGGAAAAAGUCUGCUCUCUUAUAAAAAAGCCAAUCCAAGCACCAAACACGAGAAGCGGACGACUGCUACUGUCUUCUCCACUGAGCUUUUAGCUUGAAUGGAAAGUGAAUCUGGAUUGGCUGCCAUCCCUUAUCUGAAAUGUGAAUUUAAAUCUCUUUUAUGUCAGAAAUGUUUGAAAUGUAGAAAUGUUUGUGGUCUUUGUGGUGACAGUUGUAUCAAACUACAAGUCAGGAGUUACAAUCUGAAAUGCUAUAUCCAUCUGCAGGGACAAACAGCAAGCUGCAGAGCUGCAAACUCAAAAAUUGAUAAUUUUGGAUUAAAAAAUAUGUAUAUAUGGAACCUUUCUGAUUCAUGUAGUUCUGAGGAGUGUUUUGUUAUUUGGGUGGAGGGGUGUCUGCAGACACAUUGCACUUAAAGGAGAACUUCAACCUCAAAUUUUUGCUUGAACCCCCUUCAAUGGCUAUAGGAAGUGUGGAGCAACAAAUGUAAUAGACCUUGGAUUCUUGCCUAUUUCUUGUUAGGUUAGGGGAGGCUGGGACAAUUCACCUGAACCAAACUUUCAAAUCCAAUUGCCUGUAUUAACAACAUAUGCCCCCAAAAUAUAUGUGAUUUGAAAAAUGAUUAAUUAAAUUGAGUCAGAAGUGACCAUAUUUGACAUAGAGCUAACGCUAACUAAUGCAGAAACAUGUUUUUCUAGUAUGGUGAAGGCAUGACCCAUCCUGCUAUGUCUCUGAUUGGCUAGUACUUGUUGCAUUUGUUGGUUUGGUUGGUUAGGUUUAGGCACGAGGAGUGAGACAGGUUCAGAUUCGAGUAAGAAUAUCAGGGCAAGCCAAUCAGAAGGAGAGUGGGACGGGUCAUGCCUUCGACAUCCUAGUAAAAAAAAAGCCAUCUGUAUUUCACCUUAGCUAUGCUAUUUAUUAAGAUGCUAAUUUUGCCAAGCCUUCACAUAACAUGAUCUCACAGAAAUCCGUGAAAUAGCCACGGAUUUCGCUUAACUCAAAAUCCGUGGAAUAGCCACGGAAUCGCUCAAAUUUCCGUGAAACUGACACGGAUUUCGCUACAAUGCAAGUUAAUGACAGUCAAAUUUUUCUGGCGAGAUCUUCACCACAAAGUGAUUAUGUACAUUCACUGAGUGAAGAUUUAGAAAAUAAAACAUAUAUUUCUCGCUAGAAAUGUGAUCAAAAUCCAUUUUUAUGCAGAAAUGAAGUCAAAAUAUUGAUUUUUCACUAAAAAUGAGAGAACUGUCCGCCAUGUUUUUUGUUCUGACUGCUGGGACCUUGAAAGUCACGUGACUUGGAACAAACCAAUAGCCACGGGAUAUGACUGUCAUUAACUUGCAUUGUAGCGAAAUCCGUGUCAGUUUCACGGAAAUUUGAGUGAUUCCGUGGCUAUUCCACGGAUUUUGAGUUAAGCGAAAUCCGUGGCUAUUUCACGGAUUCCUGUGAGACCAUGUUGCCUUCACAAGGUAGCAAAACCCUCAAACACAUCUUGUGACUUACAAAGGAAACACCAUGCUGCACUCAAGAAGCCUUGAAACUAGCAAUAGAGACCAUCAACUCAAUAGGAAAAUGUUUAUUAAGGUAAAAAAAAAAAAGCCAGUCUUUUUGCAGCCAGUGUAGUCGCCCCCUGCUGGUCAUUAGAAAGAAUACAGGCUUAAAACACUUAAUUUUCAGAUUCCUUGGUACGGCAGCAGCAGCAACACAGAAAGCAAAUGUUGGCCAUAUUUUCAGAACUGUCGCCUUUUUCAUCCUGCAGUUUACAGGCUCGACCAACUUGAUAAAUGGCAGUUUUUAUACAAACCAUCAAUACGGCUGUUGGUGUGGAUAUAGCAUUUUUCCCUGCAGCUCUGAGUUUGUUUCCAUCCCUGUUUUACCAGGCUGUGAACUGAACCCCUUUUGGCCUUACAGUCUUCAUCAUUAUUCUUUGAUAAAUCAGUGUGUUUGAGAAGUGGACUUCAGUCUCACAGUCAGAUUGUAGCUAAAAUGAUCCCGUCUGUUCACAUCUGUACUGCUGUUAGAUAGAAUAAAGCCAACUUUUUGAGGG